GGUUCGAUCAAAACAUUCGUAAUGACAGGAGUGAUGGGUUAUUCUAUAGUUAUUGCGUAUUUUUUAUUUGGAUCUAUUCCUUUAUCGUUACAAUGUGGGAUUAGUACACACAUAGCAAUAGGACACCAGGCAAUUCAGUGGUUUGACGAUCAAAGAGGGAAUACCAGCUACAGACAGCUAAUUCUCUCACAUCAAGAUGCCUUUAUCGCUGGUAAUCCGUAUCCCGAUGCUAUGUAUUCAAGCUUUUGUUUUAAAGGAAAGUAUCAUUCUCUCGCUGAAGAUACACAUUGGACUGGGUUUCUUAAUGCUACGGUGAAUUAUAUCAGAAAGAAAUAUCCAAAACCUUGGAGUAAGGAGACUGAAAAAUUGGUUGUUUUCAUGCUUGGAUUUGUGUCACACCAAGUUGCUGACGUGACAUGGCACAGUCUUGGAAUCCAACAGGGUUUUCUACAAACAAUGGACAAAGUGAACUUCCAUGGUUCUUUCUCAGCGGCUCAUAGUGUGGGGGAUCCUGGUGGAGAUAUGGUCAAUACUUUUGAAGGAGAUACUAAAAAUGUCUCAUUUUCUUUGAAAAAUUGGUAUGUUCCAGUUAAUGAGCUUGCCAACAUUUACACUGAAUAUUAUGGCAAAGAAUCCAUCAWAGCAGAAGAGAUUGAGAUGUGUACCAAAAUUCUAUUUCUUGGAUGGAUGGGAGAAAGGAUCGCUGGCAGCAAAUUGUUUAARAGAUAUGCCUCAAAGUCUCCUUUUCUCAUGGAAGAUCUUCAUGAGUAUUUUCAAGGUGGCUUGUCUGAUAUGGCCGCGUGGUCUGGACUUAUUUGGCAUGACGCUAUAGACAUGUUAGAACACGGAACCAACUUCUGYUACAUUCCAAAAAGCCCACUCUUCAUACGUUGCAACAAARCAAAAAYAAUCACAGAAACAAAGGAAAUAGCYCUAAGAAAUCCUGGAAUAAUUUCUCUUCCAGGACUAUUUGAAAAUUUGAAGUUGUCCGAUGUCCAAGUCAGAAGAGCGGAUCAAGGAAUCUAUCUUUCUCUAAAAGAAAAUUUAAUCCAUGAAAUAUUUAUUCAAUCUCUGAAGGAAAGGAAAAGUGAAUUAAGUAAAGGAGAAUUCAAAAAUAAUAGUAAAAUAACAUUUAAUCGCAACAUUAGGGAAUCGGCAUAUCGAAGUGCAUCGUAUUCCACCAAGACGUCUUACGCAAAUUUAGGCUGGUCCCUAGCCAAAGGAAACUUUGAUCGUACACAUGACGCUGUCGUUCUUGGCGCACCAAGCUACGGUACUCCUGGGAGAAGCCAGUACGGUCGUGUAUAUGUAGUAAAUACUAACAAAGAUGGCAGCUUGCCUUUAGAUGCUCUGGACCUUGACACCCAAGCCCAAACAAUUCUUGACGGUGUUAUAGAGAAUGGGAAAUUUGGUGAUGGGUUAGCUGUAGUAGAUUUGAAUAAGGAUGGUGUUGAUGAUCUUGCUGUCAGUGCUCCAUCGACAGGCGCCAACAGCAUUCAGUACACUGGCACAGUCUAUAUCUAUUAUGGUGUACCAGGCAAAGGACUGUUGCCCAAACCUGAUCUGACCAUCACAGGAAAAGGCCAAUAUUACAACCUAGGGACCACUCUUAUGGGGGAAGAUAUAGAUGGCGAUGGACACAAAGACCUCAUAAUAGGUUCCCCUUUUGCCCCUGUGGGGGGUCCCCAGAGGGGUUCAGUGUCGAUAUUUUUSGCCAAGACUCCGAGGAAGCCUGGAGAGGAGUUCUCGGUGUUGGAUGCUGAUUGGKCGGCGUCUGGUGAACAGGACUUUAGCUGGUUUGGAUAUUCGAUAGAACUGAUUUUCAACGGCAAUCUCAAACCACUACUGGUUGUUACUGCACCAACUUUCAGAAUAUGUGCCAAACCAGACUGCAGUUACUCCACCAAUGACACCCAAAGCGCUGGCAGGGUAUAUGUAUAUGACGUCAUGCCAGGAACGAAGCCAUCUCCAGUUGUUACAGUCACAGGACACGCUACGUUUAUGAAGUUUGGUACUUCCGUCGCAUUUGGGAGGCCUAAUCCAAAAAGCAACAAUGUUUUAGCAGUAUCAGCCUCGACACUUUCUGUUCAGGGCACUGUUCUUAAGUUUGCAAAAACGUUUGAGCAAUGUGGAGCCAUCUACCUUCUCAACGUGACUGAUUUGCUGUCACGCAAGGGCAACUGGCCAGUAACAAAGCUUCCUGUCGUGACCGUCUUCGAAGGUGACCGCAGUUUUGCGAGAUUUGGUUGGAAACUCGGCUGGACGGAUGUAAACUUCGAUGGCAUUGAUGAUUUUGUGUUUUCUGCUCCGUUUAGAACUGAUGAUGUAACAGAGGAGCUCGAAGGAGCUGAAGAAGGACAAUUGUAUGUGUUUUAUGGCGGACAGAACUUUCCUACAGGCGAAGCGACAAGAGGUUGCAAAUCGAUUGAACCAUGUCCAGGUGAAAAGGCUUCUCUCGUCUUUAAGUCUCCGGAGGAACGCUCUCGAAUUGGAACAUCUUUCAUCAACAUAAACAGCGACAAUUCAUCACUUGAUAAUUUUGUGGUUUCUUUUCCAAGGAGUUCAUCGAAAGCUUUUCAUUCAGGGGCAGUGAACGUUUACAGCAUCCAAAACAAAUAACUUAGAAGCAUUGAGUCUAGUUUUAACGCAGAGCUAAUAAAUUUUUGAAGAUUAGACACGUAGAGACUUUUAAGUAUUGAUUGUGAUCGUCUGACUUUGAAAGACGCGAUUAUUUAUAUUUUUGUUAUUGCAAAAUGUAAUACAACGCCCGUUCUGAUUGGCAAUAAUAAUAAAAUAGAAAUUCUUUUCUA